AUGAACUUCAUCUUGUUUCUACUUGUCACUGCCACGUCGUCGUGGCACUUGGCGCUGGGCUUUGAUUGUCCUUCCAAGUGCACUUGUGACCAGAAGGGACUGACGGUCGACUGCUCCAGUGCAGGUUUGAACUCUGAUGUCUAGAUCUCACUGAAAAUGAACAGUUUUCUCUAGGUUUGACUGGAAUUCCGAAAGGAAUACCGCAAAAUGUUCGGAGUCUGGUGCUCCGAAACAACCGAAUAAACGUUCUGAAAAGAUCGGAAUUGGAAGGGUUCAAGCAGCUCGAGAGUCUCGUUCUGAUCCAUAACAAGAUCCGUGUGGUCGAAGAGAACAUCCUGGACCAUCUUCCCGAGCUGAAACGUCUUUCCAUCGCCCACAAUCUGCUCGUCUACGUUCCGCCGCUCUCUUCCGUCCCUCAUUCGUUGGCUUCUCUGAAUUUGAAACGGAAUAAGAUUGAAUUCAUUGACCAGCAGGUUCCUAAUUCAUCAUUUCGUGUCAUUCUCUGCUGCUUACAGACUCUUCAAUACUUCCCAGAUCUCGUUCAAAUCGAUCUCUCUCACAACAGAAUUCAAUCGUUGCACACCAAACUCUUUGAGAAUCUUCCCUUCCUCACACACGCACAUCUUCAGGAAAACCCUUGGAAUUGUGAUUGCAGGUAGAACAAUAAGAGCUGCAGCAGCUUUUCCAAAUUUGUUUCAUUUUUUCCAGAGCUGCAAAAAUACAAGUAUUGCUCCGCAAAGUGCGAUGGGAGAGGAAGGCGUACUGUACGAAUCCAACCGAGUUACGUCAUCAGCCUGUAGAUGAGGUUGGCUAGAUUCAGAGACGAAAGAACGAAAUACAUCUCAGAUCGACGAAGAGACAUUUGGAAAAUGUGCUAAGCCGGAGGAAGAGUUGUGGACCGGAUCGGAAGUGAAAUUACUUUGCGCGAACAAUUCAACCAGACCAGUUGUUUGGCUUCACAAGUACUUUAUGCAUCCACUAAAAUGAAUUGCCAACCUUUUUUUUAGGAACGUGGAGGUGGAUUCAUCUUCGUUGAACGGAUACUAUUUUCAUGGAAAAGCGAUCAUAGUGCCUCUCAAGACGGCAAUUGAUGAGAUGACGUGCACUCAUGACUACGACCACGUACCUCACCACAGGUACCACUCCUUCAGAAUGUCUCUUCUCAAGCAAACUGCCCUUCAGACGUCUUCGUCAAACUCACAGUCAUGGCAACGGAUCUCCGCAGUUUACGUACAAACCAAGAGACAACUCGUACAGAGAGGGUUCGGAAGUGAAAGUGAACUGCGAAGUGAUGGGACAUCCAAAGCCCACCAUCCACUGGUAUCACAACGGAGUCAAGUUUGCGUCGACCAGGAAGAGACAGCUCGGAUUGUCGAACAAUGUGCUUCGCAUUUAUCCGUUCUUGGAAGAAGACUCUGGAAGGUGAGAGUUAUGAUAUGUAUGAGUAUACUUACAAGUUGACACAGAUAUACUUGCGAAGCCGUCAACAGCAUCGGAAAGGCCAGUCACACGUUCAAUCUGGAGUUGAUCAGCAGGUCCGGUCAUUCUCUUCUCCUCAACUGUCUCUUCAAUCUUUCAGUGUCCCUCCCAACAUUUACGAAGGUCCGCAGUCGGUGAGCUCUACCCUUGGGGGCCAAGUGGUUUUCGUGUGCAAAGCCCGUGGAACACCCCAACCGGACUACACUUGGUCAUUCGACGGAAGCACAAUCGGCCAUAUCAAAGGACGUUUUAUGGUGUCUGAUGACGGAACCGAGCUGCGAAUUUCGAACAUUGAGAAGAAAGACGAGGGAUAUUACUCGUGCAUGGCCGGAAAUGCGGUUGGAGCCAUGAGCGCAGAUGCGAAGUUGACAGUAAUCGGAGGAGAAACAAAGAAGGGUUCGACGCCGCAGAUUGAUGAGGAACUGCUGAGAGCGAUUGCUCAGAAGGCACGGGAGAAUGUGGAGAACGCGGUGGAGAAGACGAGGAAGCAGUUGACACAGGACAGAGUGACCAACACGAACGACCUGAAGAGACUCUUCCGAUUUUCGACCCCCAAACAAGCUGUCGAGCUGUCGAAGGCAAGAGAAAUCUACGAGGAAUCGGUCCGUCUUGUUAGGGAGCACGUCGAAAAAGGACUGAUUCUGAAUGUGGAUGAGCUGCACCCGAACAACGUUACUUACGAAUCAGUGCUCCAUGUGACUCAUGUUCAAGCCUUGAUGGGUCUCAGUGGAUGUCACACGGGGCAGUUCAAGAACCCGUGCACGGAUAUCUGCUUCCACAACAGGUACCGCUCGUUCGAUGGACAGUGCAACAAUCGGAACAAACCGAUGACCGGAGUGUCCGUGAUGCCGCUCCGAAGGCUUUUGACGCCGGUCUACGAGAACGGAUUCAACACUCCAGUGGGCUGGGAAAAAGGAAAACUAUACAAUGGAUUCCCGAUGCCGAACGUGAGAGAAGUUUCCCGACAAUUGGUGGCGACGGAGACAAUCACUCCGCACUCUCGUCUCUCUUCGAUGGUCAUGCAAUGGGGUCAGUUUGUGGACCACGACCUGACCCACACGGUCACCGCUCUCUCUCGGCACAGCUAUGCGACUGGCGCCUUCUGCAACAGAACUUGCGACAACUUGGACCCGUGCUUCAAUAUUCCGUUGUCUCCGAAUGAUCCGAGAGUCAGAAGUGGCAGGUAAUUUGUAGUUGAAGUAACCAACCUAUGAUCUCACUCAAAAAUGUUCCAGUGCAAAGUACCCGUGCAUUGAAUUCGAGAGAAGUGCGGCCGUCUGCGGUUCCGGAGAGACUUCCCUCGUGUUCAACAGAGUCACUUACAGAGAGCAGAUGAACGCGGUCUGUACUUUAUUCCCGCUAGACUUCUCAACCAUUCAUUAUUUUAUUUCCAGCUUACUUCUUUCCUCGACGCCUCCAACGUGUACGGUAGCACGGAAGUGCAGGCGCAGGAGCUGAGGGACACUUAUAACAACAAGGGAACACUCCGAUUUGAUAUCACUUCAGGCGCCGGCAAGGAAUACUUGCCAUUCGAGAAGGAUUCCAAUAUGGACUGCCGCCGAAAUUUCAGCGAGGAGAAUCCGAUUCGUUGCUUUUUGGCGGGCGAUUUGAGAGCUAAUGAGCAGUUGGCUCUCGCCGCGAUGCACACGAUUUUGUAAGAGAGCACAACAGGAUUGCGAAGAAGUUGCAUGCGAUGAAUGGAAAUUGGGAUGGGGAAGUCAUUUACCAUGAGACGAGGAAGAUAAUCGGAGCAUUCAUGCAACACAUCACCUUCAAGCACUGGCUUCCGGUGAUCUUCGGAGGGCAAGCACAGAUGGACAGAUUUGUGGGAAAGUACCAGGGAUACGAUCCGGCCGUGGAUGCUUCCGUCUCCAAUGCAUUCGCUACUGCCGCAUUCCGGUCCCUUCACACUCUCUGUCUUUAUUCUCAUAUAGUCCUUUCAGAUUCGGGCACACCAUCAUCAAUCCGACUCUUUUCCGUCUCGGCAACGACUUCAUGCCCAUCAAAGAGGGUCACAUUCCCCUUCACAAAGCCUUCUUCACUCCCGAACUCGUGCUCACCCAGGGAGGCGUGGAUCCUCUGCUCCGCGGGCUCUUCGCCAGUCCGCUCAAACAUCCGAUGCCCACGCAAUUACUCAAUAUGGAAUUGAUCGAAAAGCUGUUCAUGAAGGGGCAUGAGGUGAGACAACCGGAUAUUGUUUUUUCAAAGCUCUUCAAACCGCAAUUUCAGGUCGCAUUGGAUUUGGCAGUUAUGAAUAUCCAAAGAUCGAGGGAUCACGGAUUACCGAGGUUAUCCACGGACGGAAAUUGGAUUUUUUGUUGAAAUGGAAUUGUUUUUUCAGCUAUACUGAAUAUCGCAAGUUCUGUAAUCUUUCGGUUCCGGUCCAAUGGGAUGACAUGAAAGACAUCAAAGACACUUCCAUCGUUCAGAAGCUUCGAGGACUUUAUGGAGUUCCACGUACGUUUUCUCUCUCAAAAAUCGCAAAGAAAAGAUUGCGCCGAGAGAAGUGGGCGGAGUCAAGGCGCACUAAAAAGAUAGCGGACAGCGGAACCCGCGAGGUGUCGGCUGCUUGCUUGCCCGCGCUGUUAUAAGCGAUCGCGAGAGACACCGCCGAGGACACUUUGCGCGCGAUGAAGGUUUUACCAUCUUUCGGCUGAGGUUGCCGCUGAUGCCAAAUUUCUAUGCUGAGCGUACCUUUUUAUCAUCAUUUUGAGCACUUUAUCUGUCUUCAGAAAACAUCGAUCUGUGGGUAGGUGGUAUUGUCGAAGAGAAACUGGAAAAUGCGCUGUUCGGUCCCACGUUCGCUUGCAUUAUCGGCGAGCAGUUCAGGAAAAUGAGGGACGGAGACCGAUUUUGGUAUGCGAAAAAAAAACACGUGAGAAAAUCCUGAAAUUUUGAUGACAAUAGGUAUGAGAAAGACGGCGUUUUCAAGCCGGAACAGCUGAAGGAGAUCCGGAAGGUGACGUUGGCGAGGAUUUUGUGCGAUAACGGCGACGAAAUAGACAGAAUCCAGGUGAAAAAGGCGGGGAACAACUGAAAACAACACAAAUUUCAGAAAGACGUGUUCAUGUACCCGGGCAAAGAAAAAGAGAAUUACGGAGAGUGUGGAACGACGGAGAUGUUGGACCUGAAGGCGUGGAGAGACUGCUGUGACAACGUGUGUCCGACGAUGUUGGACAGGAUUCUCAGAAGGUACGCAGUGUGAAUUGCAAUUUUCCCUCAUUCUGAUGACGUUUCAGUCGUCACCGAGGCUCCCGUCUCCACGGCUGCAAUCAGAACGGAAUCUGGAGACCCGAAGGCGCCAAGUGGAUCCCUCAGAACGAGUACUGCACAGAGUGUGUCUGCCAGGUCAGUUUUCCCAUCUCAUUCACCAUUUCCCAAAAGUGUAUUCGGUUUGAAGGGAAGCCGUGUUUGGUGCUCCACAAAGGAAGACUGUUCCGACAAUCGAAGCCCGUUCUAG